AGCCGAACUUGCAUCUGUCGCCCAAUUUCUUUUACGGCUCUAUGCUCAUCGGGCCUAUGACUAUAGAAAGCCUAGCGCUCAUCUCAUAAUACGCUCUCGUCACUCUUUUCUCAUCUUUACCACGUUGGCUUCCCUCCGAUUUCUUUGGGGGCCGACUGCCAGCGCCUCCCGCCGAGUUGCCUUCACAUCCAUACAUCCAUCCACUCUCGUUCCUUCGAUCGCGCGCAUCCAGAUCAUUCGUCAGUAUUACACCAAGCGAAUAGAGCCGGUUCCUUCCUCCUCUUUAAAGUACAGAUCAAGGAUUCGCCGACACAAGCUCCUUGAGGUUCCUCCCAUUGUCGGGUCAAAAAACGCUUACAUUUACUACGUCCCCCGAGACAAUCGAACCACUGGUUUCGAAUCAAGACCAGUGGUGGAACCAGUCAAUCCGAUGAAGUACUACUAUCAAGUCGUGACUACGCCGACGGCCGAUACCCCGGGCAGCUGCGUCGUUCUUCACUUCCCUGACAAACGCUACCUCUUUGGCCAAGUCGCAGAAGGCACUCAGCGAGCAUGUGGCGGACGGUCGGUCAAGUUCGGUCUCAUGACCGACAUCUUCCUCACAGGUCGAUUGGAGAUGAAAAAUGUUGGAGGUCUUUUUGGCGUCAUCCUCACACUGGCCGAUUCUCUGGCCAGCUCAGCCUCUACAAUAGCAGAGACCCAUGCUGAGAAGAAGAAGAAGCGCGCGGCUGCAGGAUUGGACAUCGAUCGACAGAAUGCUCCGUUACACGGCGUGCCCUAUGGGACUCAGGGAGGCGAACACGUCCCGCAGAGAGGAACUUUGACAAUCCAUGGCGGUAGAAACUUAACGCACAUGAUGGCUACGGCGCGCAAAUUCAUCUUUCGCCAGGGUUUGCCCAUGUUCAUGAAAGAACAUGAUGAGGGUAGCCUAGCCACACAUCGUCAGCCUCGCUCAGCAGACCCAUAUGAGCAGCCGACCUGGUCGGAUCAAAAUAUCAAGGUCUGGGUCAUGGCCGUCAGCCCGAAAUCCCAAUCCCAGUCGCAGGACACCACCUCUGACCGACUUGUCCGAUCCAAGAGCCCGCGGAAACGAAGUCACGACGAGUUCCAAGAAAAGGAGGCUGCUGCAGGGCUGGCCGAUCAGGUCAUCAGGCAGAAUGUGGUUUCGAAUAUGUUCAACUCGACGUGGUCACUGGACGCUUUGGAGGAGACUAAGUUGGCAGACGUGCAGAUGCCCGCGGUCAUGUUCGUCCGGGAUCCAGCCACCAAGGACCUGAAACGGUACAAGGGGCCGGCUCCUGGAAGUGGCCAGCCGCUUCCUGACAUGACCGUUCUGGUGCGCAAACCCUGGCCUGGUGCCAAUGUGGAGAAAAUCCCUCCCACGACCUGGAACGAGGACGCUAUCUCCUAUAUCGUCCGGAAUCACGACCUUAGGGGAAAGUUCGACACUAAGAAGGCUCAGGCUCUGAAAGUUCGCAAGGGCCCUGAUUAUGCCAAGCUGACAAGAGGUGAGUCCGUUCUUUCUGAGGAUGGCCAGGUCGUCACGCCUGAUAUGGUCUUGGGUGAGCCAAGGCUCGGCAAAAGUGUGGCAAUCAUCGAUUUGCCUACGCCAGCCUACGUAGAGAAUCUGGUCAACCGUCCAGAAUGGGACUCACCUGCGGCAGCCUUCGGGUUGGAAGCAUUCAUCUGGAUCUUGGGACCAGGUGUGGGAGAUCAUCCGAAACUCCAUGAAUUUGUCGCCAAAAUGUCGCAUUGCAAGCAUACAGUCUCCAGCCCCGACUAUUGCCCCAAUUAUCUGGCUAUGAAGGAGAUUGCCGAAUCGACGAUGCAGAUGGCCCAGCUCAGGCCCGAUAACUAUAAAAUGCCUGUCUACGAUAACGUGACUGUUCCACAACCCGUAGCAUCGAAUGAGUUAGUGGUUGAUGCGAGCAAUCGUGCGCCUUUGCAACCAUUGGACUCCGGGUUGAUCAUCGAUAUGGAACCUACCUUCGGAAUUAACACAUCUGAAGUAAUUCCUCGUUAUGAUCCGAGAAGCACCAAUUAUGAAAUGCCGAAAGCUGUUGCGACCCGAAUCAAGGCGAUUUCUAGACGGACAGAAUAUCCGGAGUUUCAGGAGAAACUUGCGGCGUUCCGAAACGACCUCCCUGGCGCCGACGUCGAAAUCAUUACCCUGGGCACGGGGUCAUCCAUACCAUCCAAGUUUCGGAACGUUUCCAGUACCCUUGUUCACGCGCCUGGUUAUGGAUAUUACUUACUCGACUGCGGUGAGGGCACUCUCGGACAACUCAAGCGUCUCUUUGAACCUGAAGAAUUGCUUGAAGUUUUCAAAAAUAUGAAAAUGAUCUGGAUUAGCCAUCUCCAUGCUGACCACCACUUGGGUAUUGCGAAUGUAAUCAAAGCCUGGUACCAGGCAAACUACCCCCAUGGUGUGCCACGGACCGACUCGAUCGAGGAAGAUAUGUCGCAGAUUCUGCGGGAUAAGCGCCUGUUCGUUGUUUGCGAAGAAAUGAUGACCGCUUGGCUGGAGGAAUAUGCCAGUGCUGAAGACUACGGUUUCGGAAAGGUGACGGCCCUGAGUGCUUAUCCCUCACUCACCAAAGGAGGUGUUUUCGAGACCUAUUUUGUCCAUCGUCACUGCCGCGCCGAUGGUACUUACCCUGGACAAAGGGAAGGGGUAGCCCAGCCCCAGACAACUACGCUCAGGUUCCAGGACGAUUCAAGCCCCCUGUCGGCCCUCCUUCGCGCAGCCACCGGCCUCUCCGACCUCUUGCCGUCCCGUGUUCAGCACUGCCGUGGAGCUAUGGCUGUGACCCUCGCAUACUCCGAUGGUUUCAAGCUCUCCUUCUCUGGCGACUGCCGUCCAUCGGAUUCCUUCGCAGCCACAGGCCGCGGAUCAACGGUCCUUAUCCACGAGGCCACUUUCCAGAACGACAUGGCUGGGAGUGCCAUUGCCAAGAAACACUCCACCUUCGCGGAAGCCAUGGCGGUCGCGCGCCAGAUGGAAGCCAAGGCCCUCCUGCUCACCCAUUUCAGCCAACGGUACCAGAGAACUGACUCCAUUGAGAACGACAAUCAAGGCAAAUCGAAACCAGACAACGGCUCCGGGCGCAUGCAAACCAAAGACGUUCCUGACGACGAUGAGCCCGAGGACGGCAGCCCUCAGCUCGCCGCUUCGAACGAUAACACCGGCGGCGUAAUCCGUGCCACCCCAAGUGCCAAGUACAACGGGCCCUACGUCAACGCCUUUGACUACAUGCGCGUCCGUGUUGGCGAAUUUCCCAUAGUGCAGGCCUAUGUUCCAGCCAUGGAGAAGCUGUUCUUGACCCUGGAACAGGCUUCCCAAGCAGCCACUGCGGAGCGAGCUCGACUACAGAAUGAGUUUACCAAGCAGAGGAAGCAGGCUAAGCAGACGUCUCAAAACGUCGCGAAGGUUGCCAAAUUCGCCGCCAAAAAUCAGAGUAAAGGCAAAGCUGCUGCUGCCUCGGGCGAGGACAAGAUGGAUGUGGACGCCAAGUCGCCCACAACUCGAUCGUUGUGGAGCGCGAGUGAGAGUGAGAGUGGCUGGAGCACGAGCGAGGAUGAGGGCAAGGCCAACCGUAAAUGAGGUCUAAAAUAUUCUUGAGGGGAGGCCACCUUGAAGGGUGGUUCGUGUUGCAAGGGACGCCUACAGGUUGUUCUUAUAGAGAUCAUAUCCUGUCGGGAUGUACAUAGUCUGCAUGUAUGUAUGUAUGUAGUUGGCUGACUAGAGAGAAAGACGCCGG